ACGGAAGGUAUGCUAAAAGGCGUCAUGAAGGAAAGUAAAGAGUUAGUAAAAAGCAGGUGCCGGAACUAUACACAAAACAAAGUUCCUGCGGAGCCAUUUCACGUUCGUACAAUUUGCUAGGUAUCCUCUCCCAGCAGUCUGUAGUUCUCCGUUCGUUGUGUGUUUCAUGAGGUGUGGAAAACAGGGGAGAUGUGGUCCUUUUUCGCCAGGGAUCCUGUCAAAGACUUCGCGUAUGAGAUUCUGCCAGAUACUCAAGAAAAGUCCGGGAUAUGGAGUUUACACCGGGGGAAACGGAAGACCAGCGGCGAGCCGGUGUCUGUGUUUGUGUACGAGGUAACACAAGGAACAGAGCAGCAGACGCAGCUCGCCAAGGCUGCCUUCAAGCGUAUGAAGACUCUGCGUCAUCCCAACAUCCUGGCCUUUGUGGAUGGAUUAGAGACAGAGAAGAGCUUGUACCUGGUGACUGAGCAGGUGACUCCUCUGGCAGUGCACCUAAAAGCCCAGUCAGAGAAGGGCAGUGGAGGAGAGCUGGAGAUCUCCUGGGGACUUCACCAGAUAGUGAAAGCUCAGAGUUUCCUGGUGAAUGACUGCCACUUGCUCCAUAACAAUUUUGGUGUGUGGUCAGUUUUCGUGGACCGAGCUGGAGAGUGGAAACUUGGGGGUCUUGAGCAUGUGGCUGCUGAGCAAGGUGACCCGAGUGGGGUUUCACUUCCUUCCCCAAAGGACGUUUAUCCAGACAUGGAAAAGUAUGACCCACCAGAGAUGUCCAGCAGCAGUGGCGAGAAAUGGGCUGGGGAGGUGUGGCGUCUCGGCUGUCUGAUAUGGGAAGUGUUCAAUGGGUCCUUACCUCGCACGUCCUCUCUUCGCUCUUUAGGAAAGAUUCCUAAGACCUUGGUCCCUCAUUACUGUGAGCUGGUUGGGGCCAACCCACGCACUCGGCCCAAUCCGGCUCGUUUCCUCCAGAACUGCAGAGCCCCUGGGGGCUUCUUGAGCAACAGCUUUGUAGAGAGCAAUCUUUUCCUGGAGGAGAUACAGAUCAAGGAGCCGGCAGAGAAGCAGCAGUUCUUCCAGGACCUGAAUGACAAUCUGGACUCAUUCCCUGAGGAUUUCUGCAAACACAAAGUCCUGCCUCAGCUGCUUACCGCCUUCGAGUUUGGCAGUGCAGGCGCUGUCGUCCUCACACCGCUCUUUAAGGUAGGGAAGUUCCUUUCAGCAGACGAAUACCAACAGAAGAUAAUCCCUGUCAUUGUGAAGAUGUUCUCCUCUACAGACCGAGCCAUGAGGAUACGACUUUUGCAACAGAUGGAGCAGUUUAUUCAGUAUCUGAAUGAGGCAGCUGUCAACUCCCAGAUCUUUCCUCAUGUUGUGCAUGGCUUCACAGACACAAACCCUGCCAUCAGAGAACAGACUGUUAAGUCAAUGUUAUUGCUCGCUCCUAAGCUGAAUGAGACAAACCUAAACCAGGAGCUCAUGCGUCACUUUGCUCGACUGCAAGCCCGGGAUGAACAAGGCCCAAUUCGCUGUAACACCACUGUUUGCCUGGGCAAGAUCGCCUCCUACCUCAAUGCUGGGACCCGACAGCGUAUUCUGGUUUCCGCCUUCUCACGGGCCACGAAGGAUCCAUUUCCAGCCUCGCGCUCUGCUGGUGUGCUGGGCUUCGCUGCCACACACAAUUACUACAGUCUCACAGAGAUUGCUGCCCGCAUCCUCCCCACACUCUGCAACCUUACUGUCGACCCUGAAAGAAGUGUUAGGGACCAGGCAUUUAAAGCUAUUAAGAGUUUUCUAACAAAGCUUGAGACUGUGUCAGAAGAUCCAAGCAAGCUGGCUGAAAUAGAAAAGGAUGUAGCAUCAAGUGCUCAGCCGGCGGGAGCUUCGUCUAGCUGGGCAGGCUGGGCUGUGACUGGCAUGUCCUCCCUGACAUCUAAGUUGAUCCGUAACGCUCCAGGGACAGAAGGAAGUGCAGCAGCAGAAGAAAGUGGUCCCAAUAACAACAGCAGCCCUGCAAGUACCACCGCUGCAGCAACUGCACCUGUUCCUGAGGAUAAAGCUCAACCAUCAUCCUCCCUGAGCCAACAUUCUGCCUCAAGUCAUGCCAGCCAAUCACAGACUCUUGAAGUUGCAUGUGAUGUUGAUGAGCCAGUUGGUGAUCGCUGGGAUGAUGAGGACUGGGGAAGUUUAGAGGAGGCAGAAAAAGGUCUCACUGAAACUGAUGACUGGAACACAGAUUGGUCAGGAAUGUCAUCAUCCAAGAAGAAGUCCAGUGAGAGAGGAGUGGGCAGGAUGGCCUCAUCCUCCAUGACUGUGAAAAAACAGAGCUCUGAUUGGAGCAGUUCUGGCUGGGAUGCGGAUGACAGCUGGUCUAACGAGAAGGAUGGCCAGGGGCAAAGCUCGGCGGGCGAGGAAGGCUGGGGCAACGACUGGGCAGACGAGGAGACGGACGCAACUCUGACCAACAAGACGCUGCCUCUGCCAGAUGGCGUGCGGCUAGCGAGCGAGUACAACUGGGACAGCAGCACGUUGAAGGGAACAAUUCAGAACGACCUGUUCGCCAGUGUAUCCCAGAGAAACACUUCCAGCAAUGCUGCUGCCAUGACUGGAGAUGGUUGGGGCACAGAUGCAACAGGAAAUUGGGGAACUGAGGAGAGCUGGGAAUCACUGGAAGGGAACCAGGGUCUCAGCAAGGCUGAGUUGUCCAAAAAGAAGCGAGAGGAGAGGAGGAAAGAGCUGGAGGCCAAACGGGCGGAGCGCAAAGCUGCCAAAGGUCCUCUCAAACUAGGGGCACGCAAGCUGGACUGAUGAUGACAUGAAAUAAGGAAGAAUGGAGAUGUACGAGGAGGAACAUGGUUGCAGAGCAGAGCAGACAGAGACUCUUCAUUCCACACGUAAAGGACCAGGAAGUUAAAGAAACUGAAAAGCUGCUCUGACAGAGGUGUGUAAACUGAGGAGAUGUAGAUCCACUGUUGUGGAUGAAAAAUCUACACCCUCCCCAUGAAUGUCAAAGUGGUGAAGGAGCAGCUGAAAAAGGUGGAAUACAAAAUCACCAGACACAUGAAAGGGUUUGAUCAGCUUUUUACUGCAGCUUGAGAAACUUCACAGAAUGUCCCUCUGUGUCUUACUUUUCUGUUUAUUUUAAUCUGCAGUUGUAAAGUAAAUGUAUAUAAACAGUGUAUCCUGUCUGGACUGAGACAGAUGAUCUUUUUUUUAAAACUGAAAAAUAUAAAGUAUAGAAUCAAAUGUUAAUAAUGUCACACGCACAAAUGUCCAGUGGAUUUGAAUGUUUGUUUUUCAAAAACAGACAUAAAACCUAAAUUAGUGCAUGCCAUUCAUUUGUGCGACUAAAUUGUCUCAAGAGAAAUUUACAACUGAUUUAUGUUGCACAUUUAUCGUCAAUGUGGGAAACUGUGUCAUUUGGCUGAACCCAGACCUGUAGAAGUGGAGACGAGACCCGCUGAACUCUGGAUUCCAUACGUAAUCCUACGUAUCUCAAAGUUUAACAAACUCGAUUAACAUUUAAUUUGAAAUUAUUUUAAGUCCAUUUUAUUGUGAUGAAUUCCACAGCGCUCACUGACUCUUUGAGAGAGUCUGUGGAUCUGGUUGUUUACACUGCACACUUGUUUUAGUCAGUACUGGUCAGAGUCUGGGUUCUCUGGGGCUUUUUUUAAUCUUAUUUGUGAAUUUAUUUAAUCGCUUGUCAGCUCUCAUCAGGAGGAGUUACACUGUCAACAAUCAGCUGACGCAGUUUCCAGUGAACCGUUCGAUCCCGUGCACGGUCUUCUGUAUUAGGUCAGUAGUUUAGAGUGACUCCGGUUUAGAAAGGUCAUCACCACGACGACAACAGGAAACAUCCUUCUCCGUGGUUUGCGUGUGAGAGUGAGACAGAGCUGCAUUGUUCCGACUGCAGUAAAUAUAAAUCACGUAGCAUGGAAGCUGUCGAUGAAUAAAUUUUAAAUAAACAUUCAGUUGUG